AUGAGUGAGUCCUUCGCCCCACAACCGGUUAUGAACCACAGCAUGACAGUGACGCUCGUACAGGACUGCUUUGCGCAGAAGAACUUGCCCUGCCGCCUGGUUCCCAUCGAAGACAACCCGUGGGUUCAGCAGCUGCCCAAGAGCCUGAAGGACCCGGUCGGCGCAGACAUCGUAGAUAUCCCUGGGUCUGUGGCAAACAUUCAGGUCGACUUCUGGGGCGAGGGGCGCCCGCAUCGCGCCACAGCCAGGGCUUUGGGCGAGGCAGGGCCAGUAACGGUGCUUCGCAGCCGGCUCGAGCGAAAAGGCUCUGGGCAGCUUGCAGCGGAGUCUGUCGAUUUGCUGGUCACUGGCUGCGAGGUGAGUCUGUGGGCUGGUGAGCAAUUCGCAGCAGACCUCAGGACGUGCUUUCAGAAACUGGUUGUGAAGACAGCGUCCGCAAACAAGAUUUUGGGCAUGUUUGGGCAGCAGUUUCCCAUGGCGCAGACUGGACAAGAGAUCGGUGAGAGCUGGGAUUUGCAGGACUGCAUUGUCCUCAUCGUAAGCCAAAGCGGCGGCACUUUUGCACCACUUGCUCUUUCGAAUCUGCUGCAGACGGUGACGCCUCACAUCUUCGCGGUCACGUCGGAGUGGGACACACCCAUUGGUAGACAGCUACGCCAGCUGAAGGGCAUGCAGGGCCGCGUCUUCAGCACGGAGAUCGGCCUUCGGCCUGCUGAACCCUGCUCCCUGUCGGUGGUAGCCACGCACCAGAUGCUCACGCAAAUCUUGAUCUACGUCGCCAGCAAGAUUGUGUCAGACAGAAAGCUGAGCAUGGCAGCUGGAAGCAAGAUCAAGCGCAUGGACCUUGCCGAGCUGGAGAAAAACAACCGCCUGAACAUCCGAGCACUCAGAUCUAUUGUUGGCCGUGAAGAAGACCACCACAUCGCCAGAGAGUUGAGGGCUCAAGGACGACAAUGGGCGCAGCAUGUGCUGGAGGUUCCACGCGCUUGGAUGCUGUCAGCGCUCUACAUCUUUAUCACAGUGGUGUACGGCAGCGCGCCAAUGACCAGCUGCACGCAAGCUAGUAUGCGCGGGUUUUCUCUCGAGAAGGAGCUGAUCUACUUGGCAAAGAUUUUGGAUGCGGCAAUUUACGCAUUCCUUCCCCAGAUCAUGAUAUUGUUCAUCCGCCUCGUGCAACAACGCCCGCUACUGCACCGUAUGACGACGCGUACCGUGGUGAUUGGUGAUGUCCCUUGGGUUGCACAGUCGGCUGAAGCUUUCCUGUCAAAGCUCAUGGCCUGUACCUACAGUGCCACUGGCCUGGCUGUCUUCUCUGCGAAUCCCGCCGACCACUUGGUGCAUGACCCAUCGGGUGGUGCGUGGGACACUUCUUGCCUGCGGUCAGUGUGCAUGGCCGUGAACCAGGCAAGCUCCAUCCAGUCACUGGGUGCCACCUGUGAAAGCAUUACCAUCGGCCAUAACCCUCACCGGCUGCCUUUGAGUGCCAACGCAGUGUUCCUCAAAGAUGCCCGCCCUCCUUUUCUUUGCGAGCAUCUACUCGCUCGCCACAGCUCACAACGCGAAGGUGGCUCUGCCGUCUCCAUCUUGGGAGCUUUCCAGAAUUUGGCUGCAGACAGCAUGCAGGACGGGGAGGACGUGCAGCGCAUGCUGGACCACCGCCGAAAAAGGAUGAUCAAACAGGCGCUGGAGAAGCAGUGCCAGGCAGAGUCAGAGGAGAAGGUGCAGGCUGUGGCAGAUAGCUUGGAGGUUGACGAGGAUGGCUAUGUCAAAUUCGAGGAAUGCUGGCGCGGUGUCCAGCUUCUACACCAGGACGUAUGCAAGAAAGCCAUCAAAUCGAUUUUCCGACGCCUGGAAUCCGGAUGUGGUGGCGUUUCCCGCUCAGACUGCAAGCUAAUCUUCAGCCUGCAGAAGUCAAGCGUGAAGUCGCUGGAGGAUUUUGAGCUGCUGCAAUUGCAGGCCAUGAACGACACUGUGGAUGCUUGCGUUGUGCUGGAAUCAACGAAGGUCUUCGAGUCCUGGGAGAAUGUAUUUGGUGAAAGACUUCUCCAGCAAACAUCUACUGUUGCCCAAAAUUUUCAGUUGGCCAGAACUCAGUACAUCUCCAUGCAGCUCUAUGAAGGCCGAAUAGCCUCCCUUCAGCGAGCUGUGGCAUUCUUCGUUUUGUUUCAUGAGAUGGCCACCACUGUCGUCAACUUCUGGUCCUUCGUCAGCUUUGGUCUACUGAGCUACCGCAUUGACCGAACACAGUCGAUCAUGCGAGUGGCCACAACCGCAUCCCCGGUCAGCGGGGCAGACGUACGACACAAGAUGAUCGAGCUCCGUGUGCAAGAGAAGUUGGCUCGCAUGAAGGUCUUGCUGAGAACCGGGAUCUUCAAUUGGCGCCGCCGCAAGUGGCUGCAACAACAAUUGUCCACGCCAGAUGUGAUGGUCUGA